UGUAGAGGAAGCCAGCAUUGCGCAUGGGGCGAUAACGAGGGCGUUGCAAUCACUCUACCUCUGAGUCUACCGUCAAUUAACGGGCAAGGCGCCCUGCAUAGCUUAUGGGGAAUGGUGAUCCCUUGAGCUUUGUUUGAGCUCCUCAUCCAAAACUCGAAGCUUGUCUUCUCGACAUUCAAUGGUGCCAGUCAUCAGCAAUGCGGACCAUUGCCAUAUUAAAUUCCUUGUAGACGUAAUGGAGUGUGUUUGAGGAUCAUAGUUUUGCCGUUAUGCUCAUUAAGCCUUGUACCUCUUCCGUCUGCCGCUUUCGUUGCAGCCCUUUUGUCUUCUCUGCGCUGCGCACAUACGUCACCAACUCUUGCAAUGCAGAAAUUCUGAGAAUUAGGGUUCAGACCGAGGAUAGUGCCCCCCCUGAAGCCCCACAGCUGUCAAAGAGGCAAGCGAAGAAGCGCCGCCAGCUGUUGCUCAGAAUGCAGAUCUAUCCACCCUCAGGGGACACCGUCUCGGAGUUCAUGCGGCAGAAGUAUGAGCGUGAAGCACGUCGAUACUGGGAUCUCUUCUACAAACGCAACGAGGGCCGCUUCUUCAAGGACCGCCACUACCUGCACAAGGAGUGGGGGCACCUUCUGGGCGCUACCACCGCCGCUGAUGUCAGCGCUGAUAUCACUGCUGAUGUCAGUAAUGCUGACAGCGCUGAGGCAGCAUUGAGGGGUGGUGGUGCGGCGGAGAGUGGCGCCCUUUUGACUGCUCCGAAAGAGGACGUUCACAACCACGGGAAAGUAGAUUCUGGCAAUGGGGAAAAAACUAGAAUGGAGAGCAGAGGGGGCUCGCAUUCCUCAGUUGCGGUUUUGGCGGACGAUAAGAGGGUGGUGCUGGAGGUUGGGUGCGGGGCAGGAAACACGGUGUACCCCUUGCUGCAAGAGAACCCGGCAGCCUUCAUAUAUGCGUGCGAUUUCUCAGCGCGGGCGGUGGAGCUAGUGAAGGCGCACCCGUCAUAUGAUGCGCAGCGGGUGCACGCCUUCGUCUGCGACAUCACGGAGGAUGACCUCAGCAAGGAGGUCCCCGCGCAAAGCGCUGACAUUGUCUCAAUGAUCUUUGUCCUCUCUGCAAUAUCCCCCGAGAAAAUGCCGGCGGCGCUGCUCAACGUCGCCCAUGUUCUGAAGCCUGGGGGACACGUUCUCCUUCGGGACUAUGCAGAAGGGGAUUUGGCACAGGAGCGGUUGACUGGAAAAGUCCAAAAGCUGGCGGACAACUUUUACGUUCGGGGGGAUGGCACGAGGGCUUAUUACUUCAGCGAGGAGGCCCUGUUGACACUGUUUCGAGGCGCGGGCCUAGAGUGCACGGAUAUAAGGGUGCACGAACGGGAGCUCGAGAACAGGGCCCGCAAAGUUGUCAUGAACAGGCGAUGGAUCCAGGGAACGUUUCAAAAGGCGGGCGGUAACAUCCCCUCCACAGCGUUACCGCUCGACCCGCGAGAUGGCGUGUCUCGGCAGCUAGAAACGUGUACUAUCGACUCCGAAAAACCGCUACCCGCCAAUCGUCCAAACACGACUCUGCCACACAGCACCGCGCUCGCUUUUAUCGACUUAGAAGGGUCCUCCAGAAAGCAACCGCUAGCCACGAACGGAGCGGAGACAACGGUGAAACGGAGCGGAAGGGGGAAGCACUGUCGGAAACGGAAGCCGGAACCGGACUUCGCUCGGAGGGGGAGUCGCGUGCAACUGAAGACGACGGGGGGCCCUCGCUGGUUGCGUGAGCUGGCGGUGGCGGGCAGGACCUUCCGGUACAGGGCCCUUUCGAACGAGCACCAGCACACGCAGCCCAGCACGGGGCUACUUCUGUGGGAUUCUGCGCGGGUUCUGGCCGAGUUUCUUGCAGCCCAUCCUCAGAUAAUCGCUGGAAGGCACGUUCUGGAAGUGGGGUGCGGCGGGAUCGCGCUCCCUUCUACCCUCUCAGCCGAGCGGACCGGCGGAGUCGUGGCCACGGACGGCGACGCUGCGGCAAUGGAGCUGUUGGACGCCAACAUAACGCUGAAUGCGGACGCCUUUGAGCUCUCCAAACUCAGAGCCGAGCGCCUGAGGUGGGGUCAUUCUGAAGACAUUGCUCGAGUCCGCGGUCUCGCUGGGCCCCACGGGUAUGACGUCAUCAUCGGGGCUGACGUCGUGUACGUCAAGGAAGCGGUGCCGCUCCUCUUCCAAACCGCAGCCGCGCUCCUGGCGAGGGAUCCCUCACAGGAAACGGCCCCGGAUGCGGACGUCAUGCUGACGCCGCCACUGCUGCUGCUGUGCCACGUGAUCCGGCGGGUGGCAGAGGGGGACAUUUUGGAGGCUGCAAGACAAGCCGGGUUUGAACACCACAGGUUUGUUGAGUCUCCAGAAGGACGGGGUGCCCCUGGAGCGAUCAGAUUGCUCGCUUUACGAAGGACUCCUUGUGUCACUCAGUCGAUCGCGACCUGACCUCAAUCCUUGACGCACAGGUUAGUGCAUAACAGGGUCUGAGGAUACGGACUUAGCUCAGCGAGGUGCAGAUCAUUGAUUUUGAAUGAUGUGAUGAUUAAAAGAUGAAGCGAGAAUCUUCAAUUAUCUGGACGUCGUGCCCGAGAACAGGACGGUCCAACAUUGAUGAAGUGCUGUAAUGCAUCCAGCUGCAAUUUAAUUGGACAGUGGCCUGCCGUGGAAGGCCUGUUCAUAUUCGACAAGUUCCUUUGAAGGAUCUGGC